AUGAAUUGCAAGAUUCAUCCCACGUUCUUCUAUCCCAUCAUAAAACAUUAUAUAGGCUUUAAAAAUGAGAAAAACAGCACCAAAGAAUUUUAUUUCCUCUCCCUCCCUAAAUCGGUCCAUAAUGCUUACCAACAUCGGCGAAAAAUUUCCUUAUUAAAAGUUUCACUUCUCAUGCGAUACUCUAUUGUGGCUUCUACUGUUGUGGAUAGUGAAGUUUGGCGAUAUCGGGAUUGGACAAAGGAUGUAGAUAAGUAA